CACAAUUCCAAACUGGCGACACGGAAGGACACUCCCUUGAGGAAACGGGGCUUCAUGGGGCAGAUUCCGCCAUUGAGGGCGAUCAUUUUAAAGCUCUGCACGCGGUGCGUGAUGCCGCUCGCCAAACACGCCAUAAUUCAGCCGAAAUAAACAAGAUCGACAUGCCGCUGCCUUGAUAAGACGAUCUGGAAAAUGGGGGGAUCUCGAGUGAAUGGGGAUAUAUCAAGGGGAGGGAACCUCCAUCCUGGCGAAGAGUGAGAAUGUGUUUGUGUCAUCAUCAUCAGAAGACGAAACGGGCCCCGAGCCUGAAGGUACGGGAUUAGUUCAAGUACAACAGAGGCGCCAUGCACUCCACCACCACGCUCCUCAGCCUCCUCUCCGCAGCCGCGGCAGCCAACGGCGCCUCCCUGCCCCGGGACAGCGUGUGCGGCGCGGCCGCCGAGAUCCAGUGCCCCAUCGUCUUUGACGGCCGGGUCAGCGCCGACGCCCAGCCGACCGACUUCGACAGCGCCAGCACCUCCAUCUUCAACCCGGACUACGUCAAGGGCAACAACCUCAAGUGGAGCGAUAUCCUGCAGUUCCCCGACGCCGGAACCACCCACUUCGACAACGAGACCCACAAGCCCUUCGAGGUCACCCUCAGCGACGAGAGCAUUUUCCAGUCCCAGCAGGGCUUCCGCCGCGCCGGCCUGCAGUUCAACGGCGACACCAACAACGGCAGCCCCGGCUCCCAGGGCGUCAAGACCAUCCACUUCAGUGUCAAGAUCGACCCCCAGCGGGGCCUGAACCUGAGCCACGAGUAUAUCCUCGUCUGGCACGAAGCGGCUGAUUACUCGGCCAACCAGUUCAACUUCGAGACCGGCACCAUUAUCGGUCAGGAGGGUCUCCCAAAAGACACCUACAAGGUCCUUAACCGCAACAACCAGCAGAUCUGGUCGACGCCCAUCCUCGAGGACCAAUGGCAGAACUUUGCCAUCACUCUCGACUUCAACCAGAACACUCUCCAAGUGUACUACUCCGAGGCCGACGAACCCCUCGAGAGCGUCACCGACGUCGUGUCCAACAACAACGCGGGAGAGGGUCAGUACCAGAUCGGCCUGCUCAAGAAGCCCACCGGCACCGACGACGUCGUCAACUCGGGAUACCAGGAGAGCGGCAUCGACGAGGGUCUCAUCUACGGCAGCCUGUUCGUCGAGGACAGCGCCAACGGGUGUGUCUCGCUGUAAAGAGAAGGGGCCAGCCUCCUUUCUUCCAUUCAUCACUAGAGCGGUCAAGAGAUAUAGACUUGGUUGGCUUCCUUGGCUUCUGUAUCGCGCGGACAAGAAGUCUUACUUUCUUCCAAAGACAAACAAUCAACUGCCAGAUGGCCAUCUCUCUAAACAUAGCUCAUCCCCAGCCACCUAUCUCUCUCCUCUGUGC